CUCAGAGACAUCCCAGGGCUCAGGGACAUCGCAGGGCUCUGGGACAUCCCAGGGCUCUGGGGCGUCCCACAGCUGAGGAAUAUCCCACAGCUCAGGAACAUCCCAGGGCUCUGGGACAUCUCGGGGCUCAGGGACAUCCCAGGGCUCCAUGGCUCUCCUCCUGGCCUCGCAGCUCUACCACGUGCUGGGCAGCGUGGCCACCCCAGAGAAGGUCCAGCUGGCACAGAUGGUUGAAAGAUGCAUGAGUGUGAUGCAGUCUGGGACGCAGAUGGUGAAGCUGAAGAGUGGAACCAAGGGCCUGGUCCGUCUCUUCUACCUGGACGAGCACAGGACCUGCAUCCGAUGGAGGCCCUCCCGCAAGAGCGAAAAGGCAAAAAUUGUCAUCGACUCCAUUUACAAAGUCAGCGAGGGCCGGCAGUCGGAGAUCUUCCACCGCCACGCCGAGGGCAGCUUCGACCCCAGCUGCUGCUUCACUAUUUACCACGGCAACCACCUGGAGACCCUGGACCUGAUCACGUCCAACCCCGAGGAGGCUCGCACCUGGAUCACGGGGCUCAAGUACCUCCUGGCCGGGAUCAGCGACGAGGACUCGCUCGCCAAGCGCCAGAGAACACACGACCACUGGGUGAAGCAGACCUUCGAGGAGGCUGACAAGAACGGGGAUGGGCUGCUGAACAUCGAGGAGAUCCACCAGCUGAUGCACAAGCUGAACGUGAGCCUGCCCCGCAGGAAGGUCCGCCAGAUGUUCCAGGAGGCUGACACGGAUGAGAACCAAGGAACCCUGAACUUUGAAGAAUUCUCAGUGUUCUACAAGAUGAUGUCCUUGCGUCGAGAUCUCUACCUGCUGCUCCUAAGCUACAGUGACAAGAAGGAUCAUCUCACUGCUGAAGAGCUGGCCCAGUUUCUGAGGGUGGAACAGAAGAUGAAUAAUGUGACACCAGAAUAUUGUCUGGACAUCAUACAGAAGUUUGAAGUGUCAGAAGAAAACAAGAAGCAGAACGUUCUUGGGAUUGAAGGCUUCACCGGCUUCAUGCGCAGCGCGGCGUGCGAGGUGUCCAACCCGCUGCACCGCGAGGUGCACCAGGACAUGGAGCAGCCGCUGUGCCACUACUUCAUCGCCUCGUCCCACAACACCUACCUGAGCGGGGACCAGCUGCUCUCGCAGUCACGGGCCGACAUGUACGCGCGCGUGCUGCAGGCCGGCUGCCGCUGCGUCGAAGUGGAUUGCUGGGAUGGCCCAGAUGGGGAGCCAGUGGUGCACCAUGGAUACACCCUGACUUCCAAAAUCCUCUUCAGGGACGUGGCAGAAACCAUCAAUAAAUACGCCUUCAUCAAAAACGAGUACCCAGUGAUACUGUCCAUUGAAAACCACUGCAGUAUUCAACAGCAAAAGAAGAUCGCCCAGUACCUGAAGGAGAUAUUUGGUGACAAACUGGACUUGUCAUCUGUGAGCACUGGAGAUCCCAGACAACUUCCCAGCCCUCAGGAUUUAAAAGGGAAAAUCCUAGUGAAGGGUAAGAAGUUGCCCUGCAGCCUUGGAGCAGAUGCUGAGGAAGGAGAAGUUUCAGAAGAGGACAGUGCUGAUGAAAUUGAGGAUGACUGCAAGUUAAAGCCCUGCUUUAGCAAUGGUGCAACUCAGCACCAGGUGGAAUCUUUUAUACGAACAAAACUGGAAUCUCUGCUAAAAGAAUCCCAAAUCAGGGACAAAGAGGAUCCUGACAGCUUCACCGUGAGAGCCCUGCUGAAGGCAACUCACCAGAGCUUCAGUGUGAACCUGAAGCAGAACCUGGACACAAAAGAAGGUGGAAAAAAGUCUCACGGUCGAUCAUUAAUGGGCAACUUUGGUAAACACAAGAGAGCUGCAAAGGCAGCAGCCAAAGCCCACGGUGCCUCGGACGACGAGGAACAGCAGCACCAUCCUGGCAAGGAGUUGGGGCAGCCCCACAGGCUCGCCCGCCGCAGGAAGACGGUGAAGCUGUGCCGGGCCCUGUCUGACCUGGUGGUGUACACCAACUCCGUGGCAGCCCAGGACAUCGUGGAUGAUGGCUCCACAGGGAACGUGCUGUCCUUCAGUGAGACCAGAGCCCACCAGGCGGUGCAGCAGAAGGCUGAGCAGUUCAUGCUGUACAACCAGAGGCAGCUGACGAGGGUCUAUCCCUCAGCCUAUCGGAUCGACUCCAGCAAUUUCAACCCCGUCCCGUACUGGAACGUGGGCUGCCAGUUAGUGGCCCUAAACUACCAGUCUGAGGGACGUGUGAUGCAGUUAAAUGAAGCAAAAUUCAGGGUAAAUGGCAACUGUGGUUAUGUUCUCAAACCUCAGCAGAUGUGCAAAGGCACAUUUAACCCUUACUCUGCUGAUCCACUUCCUGCCAGUCCCAAGAAGCAGCUUAUUCUGAAGAUCAUCAGUGGGCAGCAGCUCCCCAAGCCUCCUGACUCCAUGCUGGGGGACAGAGGAGAGAUAAUAGAUCCCUUUGUUGAGGUGGAGAUUAUUGGGUUACCUGUUGACUGCUGUAAAGAUCAGACCAGGGUGGUGGAUGACAAUGGGUUCAAUCCUGUGUGGGAGGAGACCCUCACCUUCACCAUCCACAUGCCCGAAAUCGCCCUGGUGCGCUUCCUGGUCUGGGACCACGAUCCCAUCGGGAGAGACUUUGUGGGGCAGAGAACUGUGGCCUUCAGCAGCCUCGUGCCUGGCUAUCGCCACGUGUAUUUAGAAGGACUGACAGAAGCUUCCAUAUUUGUUCAUAUAAUCAUUAAUGAGACCUAUGGAAAGUGGAGCCCUUUAAUCCUCAAUCCCAGUUACACAAUAAUGCACUUUCUAGGAGCCACAAAGGGCAAGCAGCUGAUGGGGCUCCGAGGGCUGUUCUCCAAGGCGCCCAGGGCGGGCGCCGCCGAGGCCGGCGGGCACCACGCGCGCAAACGCUCCAUCGGCGAGCGCAUCCUGCGGCGCACGGCCAGCGCCCCGGCCAAGGGCAGGAAGAAGAGCAAGAUGGGCUUCCUGGAGGCUGCCGAGAUGAAGGACAGCGCCUCCGAGCCAACGGACCUGAAGGACAAGGACGGGGUGGUGCGGCGGCCGAAGCGGAGCCUGCAGGCGCGCCCCGCCUCCAUGCCCGUGGACAGAUUCCUCAUGGCGGAGCUGCCCUGCCCGGCGGAGGACUCCGCCCAGGGGGCCAAGGGAGAGGAAAACACGUCUGCCAACAGUGAUGACAAUACAAAUGAGAAGGAAACAAGCUUGAAAGAAUUGUUUUUUCCACAUUUGGAGCAAAAGGCAAAUUUAGCAUCUCAGCUGAGGAAGGAGAAUGACCAGAGGGAUUCUACAGCUGACUCUUUAGUACCAUCUCCACAGGAGCAACCUGAACAUCUGGUUUUUGCAAAUGGUGUAGCUCAAGCAAAUCACCUCAUGGACUACCAGGAGAAUAAUCCUUCUGAUGGAACUGUCCCCCUAAUGCAAGACCCUGACUCUGAACUUCCCACAGAAAAAUCACACCACAAAAACUGUGCAGACAGUAAAAAGGAAGAUGACACAAAAGGAUCUAAGGAAGGGAAAAUCAGUCUCAUGGGGACUUCCCUUUCUCAGAAAGCAGAGGUGGAGAAUCACAAAUAUGACACGAAGAAAAGCACUGCAGCACCUCUUUCCCUUUCUUCCACCGUGUGCUCUGAGGGCCCUGACUGUCACUCCAUGGCAGCCCUGCAGCACGGGGACAUUUCUCACCUCAUUGACGAAGUCUCUCUCUCGACUGAGAGCGAGCUGGACAGCGCCAUGUCCGCUCUCAUCGCACAGCUCGAUGGCACCGAUGACCAAACUCCCCUAUCCCCUGUCUCCAGCCCCCGUGGCGGCAGCAGCCAGACCCCCGGGGCAGGGGCCACGCUCCCACACGUGUUUGCUGCAGACCUGAGCAGCCCCUGUAGGCACAACUUCGCUCCCACAAAAUCCAACAAAUCCCCUUUAUUCUCCACGCCGGACACAGCCGUGUUCUCCAGCCUGGAGGAUGCAGAGUAUUCCACAUACACAGUUAUCCAUGAGGCAUCUCCAGCUUCUGAAUGUAAGAGCCACAGGGCAUUAGUUUGCAAGAAAAGAUCAAAUAGUCUAGAAAACAACUUACCCGGCUCUUCCUGUUCUUCAUCCCUCUCUUUGCUAAAUGCAAACCCCCAAAACAAUUGUGCUACAAAGUCUGGACCGAGCUGGGAAGCCCCCGAGCCUGCCAGCUCUUUCGGCUCCAACAGCCUCAUCUUCGAGGAGGGGCUGGGGCCCGGCGUCCCCGGGGAGCGCUCGGACAGCAGCAGCCUGCUGGAGGUGGAUGGGGACUGCCAGGAGCUCCUGGUAACCGUCUGCGAGUACAGACGGGAGGACAUGAGCCAGCUGGCGUCUCCUCUGAGCCUGAGGCAGAAGCGGGACCCUGGGCACGGUGCUGACCGCACCUCGGGGAGCAGCUCUGCUGCUGCGCUCUGCGCCGCUGCCCAGCACUGCUCCGAGAGGCUCAGGGCUGCGGGGAGCCAGCUCCCUCUGCCCACACCCGAGGACCCCGCGGUUUUGUGGCAGCAGCGCUCGUUGAAGCACGAGGCCGUUCCCCAGCUCCGCUCGGCCUGCCCCGCGCUCCCGGGGGCUCUGCCCUUCCCCUCGCACCCGGCCAUCCAGGGCAGCCCCUGCAAGUCCAAGAGCCUGGGAGACCUGACCUCGGAGGACAUUUCCUGCAACUUCGAGAGCAAGUACCAGUACAUCAGCAGGAGCUUCGUCUCCUCGGGCCUGCGGGACGGGAAGGCGGCCGCCGCGCAGGGCGCCAGGCCGCACUCCCCGGACGCGCUGACGGAGCGGCUGCGCAGGCUGCUGUCCCCGGAGCAGGAGGACGGCCGGGAGCCGCCGCACCCCCGGCAGGCGGGCGAGGACUGUCCCCGCUCCCUGGUGAGGAAGCUGUCGUCCCGCAGCCAGAGCCGCGUGCGGAACAUCGCCAGCCGCGCCCGGGAGCGGCAGGAGGCGGCGGGCAGGCCCCGGGCCGGCCUGGGCGGGGUGCCCGGCGUGGUGCUGCGGAGCAAGGCCGCGGGGCCGCCCGCCGCCAACCGCCACUCCACCGGCUCCUACAUCGCCCGCUACCUGCACGGCUGCCCCGCCGAGCGCCGCGGCGUGCCCGAGGGAGCCUGCAACGCCCUGCGGCACGGAUGCGGAGAGCUGCAGCUGCCGCCCGGCCAGCACGACCAGCCCGAGAUCUAUUUCCUGCUCAGGCUGUAGAUGUGCCGUGGGACGGCGGCACGGCUCACGCUGCUGCAGUGCAAUGCGUGGCUCACACACUGCACGGCUCACGCUGCUGCAGUGCAAUGCAAUGUACGGCUCACACACUGCUGCAGUGCACUGCGCAGAUCACACACUGCUGCACGGUUCACAUACUACUGCACUGCACAGUUCACACGCUGCACAAAUCACACACUGCUGCACAGUUCACACACUGCUGCACUGCACAGCUCACACACUACACAGCUCACACGCUGCACAGCUCACACACCGCUGCACUGCACAGCUCACACACUGCACAGCUCACACACUGCACAGCUCACACACUGCUGCACAGCUCACACACUGCACAGCUCACACACUGCACAGUUCACACGCUGCACAAAUCACACACUGCUGCACAGUUCACACACUGCUGCACUGCACAGCUCACACACUGCACAGCUCACACACUGCACAGCUCACACACCGCACAGCUCACACACCGCUGCACUGCACAGCUCACACACUGCACAGCUCACACACCGCACAGCUCACACACCGCUGCACUGCACAGCUCACACACUGCACAGCUCACACACUGCACAGCUCACACACUGCACAGCUCACACACUGCACAGCUCACACACCGCUGCACUGCAGGGACAGCGUUAGCGAGCAGCUGCUUGCAGCGUUUCAGUUAAUUCACGAUGCAGUUUCACACCAGUGCAUCCGUGGUGAUUUACCGUGCCCGUUCCUGGCAGAGCUGAGGGCAGUAGGAGCCCCCUCUGUGCUUAGGGCUGCGUUGGUGUGGGCCAGAGCUGACGGAGCCGUGUGUGCGUUCGGAGCGUUCUGUGGGUGUAACGCUCCAAAGCCUGACCUUGCACUGAAGGCAAUACUGGUUUCCUUGUGUCUUGUCCUCCUGCUUGGAAACAAACCACUUUUGGUGAUCACUUUUGGCCUUUUGUGAGGAUUCUCCAAAGCACUGUGUUGUCUGGAAUGCUGGACUGGGGCUUGUUCUGCCCAACAGGCAGCGACCCUUCAUUGGCAUCACUUGUUCUGAAUUGUUGUUGUAAAUUUCACGUGUGUUUGUGUAUGAACUGUGAUUCUACAGCAAAUGGUUUGUAGAAUUAGAGUUAGUCCAGAUUUGUGAGUCCUGUGUAGCUUUGUCUUCUGCCCUCUCUACAAAGUAUGACAACAGUUGUCUUCCUUUUUGGUUACUGUAUUGAUUUGGGACAGAGUGGAAUGUGGGAGUAAUUCUGCUUUUAUGAAUGAAAACAAUUUCUGCUUAUUUUGUUGUGUAUUUUUGCUGUUGGUUGUGUGAGUAGCUUCGGUACGGCAGAUCCAUUUUCUGUAUAUUUGUAAUUUUAUUGCUAAAUUGUCGACAGUCAGUGGAAUAUUUAAACUGACAGGGUAGAGUGACUAUUUUGACUGUUCACCUUUUUCUAUAAAGGCUGAAAGUGAAUUGGGUGAAGGAAUCUCAGACACCUAAAGCUUCCCUGUAGGGAACAACAUAGCUUUAUUUUGGUUGGAAGAUAACUCUUUGCCUUUGCUGUAAGUUUUUCUGAUAUGUCAAAGACGUACCUUUUACCUCUUUCUUUUGUAAUGCAGAGUAUUAUUAUUCUUGAAAACAUCAUUAAAAUAGAUUUUUAAGCA